AUGUCUGAGUUUCAGGAUGUCCACAUACUUCAAGAACUCACUUACCAGGCAGAACUAGAGCAAGUUGAACCCAUAUCACUUGCCAUGACUCCAUUGAGCGCCAGGGAACUGUUGAAGGCUCAAGCACAGCAGAGGGAGCAGAAGCUUCUGAAGAUUGACGGCAGCUAUAUUGGCCGUUUUGUUGUAAAUGCUGGAUCCUCUAUCGAUAUCUGUGCAACCAUCCUCCUCAUCCUCGAGAUCAACCUCUAG